UGGCCGCUUAUUGAACAAAUUGCACUUUUUAAUAAAAUGCAACAAAAUACAAGUUAAUAAUAUACUAGAACCUGAAAAUUCCUUAUGAUAUUAAAAAUAAUUAUCUUUAUAAAUAAUUGCUUUCUAAAAGUGAUCUCAUCUAGACGAACCUAAAAUUUUAUUUUAACCACAAAAAAUGCCCCAUUAAAACUGUGAAAGUGUUUGUGGUUGUUGCUACGAUGACAAACUAUUCGCCAUUUAUUGUUGGUGGAAAUAAAAAUCCUUGGGAUGUUAGGAGUGUAGACUAAUGGCCACGAGCUGCAUCAACAUUCCAGUUUCAUUUGGAUGUGUGCUCCUAAAACCUGAUUUUAGUGUGUCUAUAAUUGGCAAAUUUAUAAAAUCUGAUUUCAAACAAACAACAACUAAAAAUACUGUGUAUACCACAAAUCUAACAGGAAAAUUUUCUUGCUAAAAACAAACAGUCACAAACAUGUCUGCCAAAGCCAUUUCCGAAGCCUCUGGCAAGGAUAUAUUAAAUCGGCAUUUGAAUGUGAAUGGACCUUCCGGUGCGGCUCAGUGUCGGUUUGCAACAGUGAACACCCAAACGGAUUGGUCACAAUUGUCCGUAAGGCAUCCUUGGCUGCUGGACACGCCAUUAGUGGUGAAACCGGAUCAAUUGAUUAAGCGACGCGGCAAAUUGGGUUUAAUCGGCGUUAAGAAAAAUUUCGAACAAGUCAAGCAAUGGAUUGGCGAACGCAUAGAUAAGGAUCAAAAGAUCGGCAAUACUGUGGGCAAGUUGCGUAAUUUCAUUAUUGAGCCAUUUUUGCCACAUGACGAGUCUGAGGAAAUGUAUGUCUGCAUCUACUCGCAUCGCAGUGCCGAUACGAUUCUGUUCUACCACCAAGGUGGUGUUGAUAUUGGUGAUGUAGAUGCGAAGGCCUUGAAAUUGGACGUGCUGGUUAACAAUGAAACUUCCAUCGAAGAAAUCACAACAAAACUGUUGGUACAUGUCAACGAUGCUUCGAAGAAGAAGCGUAUCGCCAAUUUUAUUUUCGCUCUUUACCGAGCUUAUGUCGAUCUUUACUUCACAUAUUUGGAAAUCAAUCCACUGGUCGUGACCAAAGACAGCAUGUAUAUUUUGGACUUGGCUGCCAAAUUGGAUUCUACGGCCGAUUUCAUUUGCCGUCCCAAAUGGGGUGAUGUUGAGUAUCCACCGCCGUUCGGUCGCGACGCAUAUCCAGAAGAAGCCUACAUAGCCGAUUUGGAUGCGAAGAGUGGCGCUUCAUUGAAGUUGACAAUUCUCAAUCGCAAUGGUCGCAUUUGGACUAUGGUGGCCGGUGGUGGCGCUAGUGUUAUUUAUUCAGAUACGAUUUGUGAUUUGGGUGGUGCCUCCGAAUUGGCCAACUAUGGUGAAUACAGUGGUGCGCCAUCUGAGCAGCAAACUUAUGAAUAUGCCAAAACUAUUUUGACCCUCAUGACUUCGUCACCAAAGCAUCCAGAGGGAAAAGUGCUCAUCACUGGUGGUGGCAUUGCUAACUUCACCAAUGUUGCUGCAACCUUCCGUGGCAUAAUAACAGCUCUGCGUGAAUUCCAACCCAAACUGGUCGAACACAAUGUGUCGAUUUUCGUGCGUCGUGCCGGCCCCAAUUAUCAAGAAGGCUUGCGCAAGAUGCGCGAAUUCGGCUCCACACUUGGCAUUCCAUUGCACGUGUUCGGUCCAGAGACGCAUAUGACUGCGAUUUGUGGCAUGGCGCUGGGUAAACGAGCCAUUCCACAAACCACAGCUGCAGAAUUCUCCACAGCUAAUUUUCUACUGCCCGGAGGUCAGCAAGCACAGUCUGAGCUCAAGGCCACUGAAACUGCAGAGAGCAAUAAUGGCGGUAAGUUUGCAUUUACAUUUGACAAUUAUGUUUGAAUAAAAGCCUUCCAAAAGAUUGGUGUAAAAUUAAAUAUAUUCUUGGAUGGUUUUGCAUGGUUCAACAUAAGUUUUUUUUUUCUGCCCACUUUCAUAAACAUGUUUGGACUGCAGAGAUCGCGAAUAACAGUUAACCCACAAAUGAUUAUGUUUCUAUCACUUGGCUUGUAUAUGAUGUUAAUAAAAGGUAUCUGAAAUUAUAGGAGCGUUCUCGCAUUGCAUAUUAUACGGUUCAACAAAAUUUGGUCGUAUUUUAUAACAAAAACGGGUCCAACCUCAUCUCAUAGAUUUUUCGAUGCUGAUUUGAAGUGCAUUUACAAAAUUUGUCUAGCAUGUCCAGUACUUGAAAAAAAAAA